AUGUCAGUAAUUAAAAAACCUUUAACAUUUGAUGUUGUAUCAUCUUGUAAAAUAAGCAAAGCCCGCGUAGGUAAAAUGAUUUUACCCCAUGGUCCAGUAGAUACUCCUGUUUUUAUGCCAGUUGGAACUCAAGGGACUUUAAAAGGCAUGCUUCCAGAACAGCUCGAAAAAAUGGGAUUACAAAUAAUGUUGGCUAAUACAUAUCAUUUAGGAACAAAACCAGGUCCUGAAAUUUUAAGGAAAGCUGGAGGGCUUCACAAAUUCAUGAAUUGGAAUAGACCUCUACUGACUGACUCUGGAGGGUUUCAAAUGGUAUCUCUAUUAAAAUUAGCAGAAAUUACUGAAGAUGGUGUGAAAUUUCAAUCACUAAAUAAAGAGAAAGGAGAAGUUAUGUUAACUCCAGAACAUUCCAUAGAGAUUCAAAAUGCCAUUGGGGCUGAUAUUAUAAUGCAGCUAGAUGAUGUUAUUAAAACUACUUCGCCUGACAAAAGUAGAAUAGAGGAAUCAGUAUAUAGAACAACCAGGUGGCUAGAUAGGUGUUUAAAUGCUCACCAAAAUCCAGAAACUCAGAAUAUUUUUCCAAUUGUGCAGGGAACCUUAUAUGAAGAUUUGAGAGUUAUUAGUGCUCAGGAUCUCAUUAAAAGGGAUACAAAUGGAUUUGCUAUUGGUGGUUUAAGCGGGGGUGAAAGCAAAGAUGAUUUUUGGAAAAUAGUACAUUUGUGUACCGAUCUCUUGCCGAAAAAUAAACCAAGGUACCUGAUGGGCGUUGGUUUUGCUAUUGACUUAGUUGUUUGUUCCGCCUUAGGAGUGGAUAUGUUCGAUUGUGUUUUUCCUACUAGGACAGCGAGAUUUGGUUGUGCCCUAAUAAUGACCGGUCAGCUAAAUCUAAAGAAACAAAAAUAUGCCAACGAUUUCAGCCCAAUCGACAAGGAUUGCUGGUGCAGUACCUGCAAGAAUUAUACAAGAGCAUACCUUAAUAAGAUUACCGAUCUACCAGUUGCAUGUACACUCCUUACUGAACACAAUGUUGCCUUCCAAAUGAGAUUAAUGGACAAGAUACGGAGCAGCGUUUCUGAGAAUCGAUUUCCGGAAUUCGUACAAAAAUUUAUGCUGGAUAUACAUCCCAAUAAAGAUUAUCCCAGUUGGAUUAAGGAUUCCCUUAAAGCUGUGAAUAUUGAAUUAUUGUGA